AUGUUCUCAAUGAGUUCUCUUUUGGUGGUUAUAAUUAUAUUCCUUGAAAUUUCAGUUGUUAGGACUCCGUUUUCUAUAGGAUUCAUCGGACGUAAGCGUACAUCACGUGUUACGAGUGGGCAGCUUGAGAUACUACUAUCCAAGCUGGAAGCUAAUCCACAGUUAUUUACAAUAAAAUUUAGAGGCCUGCAGGGCAAAGAAAACUUUGAAAAGGGCUGGAGGGAAGUUGCCGACGAGCUCAACCAGCUUCCCAACGGAUCCGUCAAGACGCCUGAGCACUGGAUAACAGUUAAGUUUCUAUCAAAUAAUUUUCCCGAUUUACUACUAAUGGCUUAUACACAAAUCAGCUAG